AUGGGUAAAUAUUCUAAACCAAUUGCAAGUGUUGAAGGAUUUUAUGGUGAUUUUAUAUCUUUUCAAUGUUUUGGUGAUUCAAUAUUAGAUUCUGAUCAAAACAAUCAACAAUUUAGCCUAUUAUUAAAUAAAAUAAAUCCAAAAAUUAAUAAAUAA